GCUUUACUUGUUUCAAAUCAAUAAGCGUGUGUUCAUGUCCAUGUAAUUCGAGUGAAACUCUCAUUUCUUUUCAAUAUUAUGCAAAAAUACCGGAGACCAGUCGACCAGUUACAAACAAGCCUGCGACACGAUCGGCGGUCUAUUGUUCCGUGGCGUUCGAACGAUCAGGUGGACAGUUCCCUAACAAACCUCAUAUAGCUUAAAAGUCUUCUUCCGAAUUCACUCAGCGCCAGAGUUCCCGCAUGCCAGGUUCACGCCCCUCUUCGGUUCAGUGACAAUAUAACGAGUGAAUAUUAUUCGUGCUCGACCGAAAGUGCAUUCGAUGACUCGAUCAUCGCCGGGAAGAUAGUUCCACGUAUAUACAGACGAAUUAGUCUCAGUUCACGAAUAUGUUGAACAUUAAUCUCGUUUGACGAGAGAAGUGAAGCGAGCCGUUAAAAUUUUUCUCACGACAAUGAGGACUCUCAUACUUCUCAUCUGGUUCGCCUCCGCUCAAGGCGAACUUGGGCGUGAUUGGAUCGAGAACGGGGGAUCCGUGGACGGGCAUGCCGUUCGCGGAUCGUUUCAAGCCGCCGGUUAUCCGAGCAGAUUCGCGAUAUCCGAUCCCUUCGACGUCGCGGACGCUCUUGGUCCGGCGGACUCGGAGGAGACCGUUGUGAUUCUCGACGAAAAUGGAAGACCGAGAGACAAACGGACAUUGGGCUUCAUCGUGCGGGGCCUCGCCGGUGCCCUGGGUUACAAUUUAUCGCCAGUUCAGGUCGCCUCGCUCCCCAACCCCCAACCGCAACCCCCAGCUCCACCCGCGCCGCCCCCAGCUUCGCCAAAACCACCCCCCACCGCAUCGGUCGCUCCCCCGAGAAAACCUGCAUCUCCUCCUCGGCCUUCCGGACCUCCUCCUGGACCCGCGGCAUCGCCAAACGCGCCAGCUCCCUCGCCGAAAUCCACUCAGAGAGAAACCAUCAGGAUCACCGGACUGGUGAACUUCGGACCGAACGCAAACGCAAAUCUCCCGGCGCAGUUGACUCGGUACGAGCGACUCUUUCAUGGAAAUUCCACGGGUGCAGCUCCAGCACCAGCACCAGCACCUGCGGCUGCUCCAGCACCUUCGCCGGGGAAAACUCCGGUCGUUCCACCCGCGCCAAGACCAUCUUUGGGAAAAAUACCGAGCCCGAUUGUUCCUAAUUUGUCCCCAUUGCUGCCGCCGACGCGUCCCCCAACAUCAAUGGCGGGAGGGAGUCCGUCGAAACCGAAAGCUGCGAGUCCGGUCAGUCAGGAGGUAGAAACUGAGUACAGGAAUCAAAAAGAUGUCGAAAAAUUCAAUGUGGAAAACGUGGAAAUUCAAGGGGACAGGGAUCCGUAUUCGGCGUUACCCAGAGCCGAAGAAAGACACGUGAAUCCGCCCGAUUGGCUUCAAGGAUACCAAGAGAGACUCGAAGAGCUCGAGGAGCGACAAAAGGAGUAUGCCGACCGGCUGAAAUACCACGAAGACUUACUCGAGAAACAACAGCAAGACCAUGAAAAUACCGACGAGAGGUUUACGCAUCGAGAACAGGAAAUCGCGGAGAGAGAUAAAGCGCGUAUCGCUAUAAUUCGAGAAAAAGAGCGAGAACGAAAUAGUCCGAGAAAUGAAGAUACAGCGAAGAGUAACGACGAAGAAUCCAACGGAGAAUACGAAGAAGAUGAUGGACCACCGAGCGCAGGUCAUAGGGAACGGUCGCAUUCCGACAACGAAGAUGACUCUCCUAACAGAGGAGUCGAACGGGACGAGGACCAAAGUCCAAGAAACUACUCGAGGUACGACGAAGAAUCCGUACAGCACGAGGACGAAGAUUAUUACCCAAAAUACACCAAUGGCGAUAAGCGAGAUGAAGAAAAUUCGCCACUUUCUGGAGGGAAAGGGACUGCGAACAGACCGAACAUCAGGAACAGCUAUGGAGAGAGUUUGGAGAACGAAGGAAAAAUUGACGAAAACAUCGCCGAUUAUUUUGUAAAAUUCAAGGACUCUAGGACGGGAUUGUACACGCCUGAAAAAAUGAUCAAGGAUUCUGGUGGCUACGCGAAAGAGAAAGAACCCUGGUGGAAGGAAAAUCAGGACGAUUUCGACAGCCGUCUGGACAAAAUAAGAGAAGAAUACGGAACGCCUGUUGCUCCCGAGUCCAAGUACGAAGAAUAUGAACUUGAAGAUGAGCGUGAAGGGGAUUCCGGGUCACCGACGAAAUUGGAAAGCACUAACGAAGCAGAUGAGGCGAGUUCUAAGCCCGAUAACGCGAACAAGUCACCGGAUUAUUCUGAAGCAUUCGGUGUCUACGAGCCCUACUCAAAAAAUGAAGAACCAGUAGAGAAGCAGGAAGCAAUUUCAACUGGUCCCGAAAAUGCGGACAACAGCAAAGCAGACUUGAGAGCCGAUACGGAGGACAAUCUUAACGAGGAAUCGGAGGAGAGUCAGCGUGCGGAAGAUGAUACUAAAGAACUUCCGCUCUACCAAUUUGAUUUCAAGAAUUUCACCCCUUACUUCUCACCCAUCAAGUACAUUUAUGACUCGGACGAUUUUGAGCCGGGUAUACCGCGAAUCCAGUCGUACAAUCGGUAUUCCGGAAGUACCGAGCCCACCGAAACCGCGGAAUCCACCAAGGAAGAGGCAACGGAUAGGAGGCUGGCGGGCGACAAAUAUACACCAAAAAUUGGUCUACCGGAAAAAUUGACCGUCGGGAAUCUCCACGACGGAGAAUCCAAGGAGCGCAUCGCUUGGCCGGCUCCGUUUGACUACGUGUUCGACAGUACCGAGCAAACGAACGUUGUCGAGCUCCCGGGAAAUGCAAAUGACGGCUCGUCUCGCGGUGAAGGAUCGGAAGCACCCCGUGAAAGAUAUUCAGAACCAGAGUACGACACCGCAGGCUUCCAGAGCGAACGUAGUGGACCUCAGCAACGAGAUGGACCAGACAGUUUCCACGGAUAUCUGAUCGGGACCAAGAGUUUGAAAGAACGUCCGAAAGAUCAUGAGACCUACGGAUAUUCGAGGACUCCCAGUGCACCGCGUACUCCGGCAACCAGCGACGACUAUCCUCAGAAUUCGAAGGAACGUUUUAGCCAGCAAGAAUCGAGCCCCCUCAACAAAAUCCAACCGACUUAUGUCGAAAAUGGCGGCUAUCCCGCGAACGAAUAUUCAUUCGGAGAUUCGCAACGUCGGUACGACGACAAUCGUAGACCAGACAAUUUGCGAGAUUCGGGGCAUGGUCAAGAAUCUCCGAGGCCAUUACCAACGGAGAAACAAAAUCAGCAACGAUAUCGGCCAAUUGGAUCGCAGUACUACGAACAGAACGGUAAUGAUCGCAUUGCCAUUUCUCACGACGGUCCAAACAGGCAUUUUGGACUUGCCAAUAUCGACUUGCGUAAUAGAGGAGCGGAUUUGAAUCAGCACUACGUGCCCUCGGAGCCUCGUGCGAGUGGGCGAAGAUUUGACGAAGUAGUCGGUAACGAAGAACCAAGAAAUCAGGACCAAGGCUUCGACCCGCAAUCGGAGGACAAGUCGUCGCUUAAAUUUGACGACCCGAAAAGCGCCCACGACUUUUUUGGCUUCAGUCAAAAUGAUUACGAUUACGAACAUGGCGCAAAGAAUGGCAGAUUGGAAGAGGUCGGUGGAACGCCAUCGCCUGAUGCUCACGACGAUUUGCCGGUUGUUUCGGAUCCAACCCCCUAUCAGUACGACGAAAAACUAACGGAAUUCACCGUCGAGCCAGAAAGUGACACGGAAAAGGUCAAGGUCAAGGAGUACAGAAACAAAGUCGCGACCGUCACGGUCUCCGAAAGAAAACAACUCAGCCCGGAGGGUCCGGUACACCUCAUCGGGUAUUCUCAUCGAUAUUAACCCUUGAUCAUUUAACCAGCGAAAAAAUUUAUUAUACAUCGAUGAAGUUUGUACAGUAGAUUAUAGUUACCGUUAUAAAUUGUUGUUCCCAAAAAUGUUGUAAUUGUAUGAAAACAUCGCAGAUUUUGCCGUCUAGGCGAAUCUGAGGAUGAAAAUCGCGAAUAGUUGGCUUUGUAUAAUUUAAUAAGAACUGCAUAUCGUUAAACUGUAAUUAAAAGUUUAAUUUUGAACCCGCUUCCCGCGAUUCAUAUCCUGCAGUAAUUGAAUCCCGUAGUUGAUAAUAUUGGAAAAAAAAAGCCGCCGUCAACAAUGCAUCGAGAAAUACAUCAGAGUCGAUGGAGGUUUAGCGUUGAUUUCAGGGGACUGAUGCCUCCUGCAGCUGAGGCAGUAACUUUAUUUAUACACAUGCAUUUCCGUGGAGACGUAUUACGGCAUUCCCUGGAAUUUCGUAGAGAUAUAUCGAGCACUUACGUUCGGUUAUUUAUAAAACUCUGAGGCAGCCAAAAAUAAAAUAGGCAACUGUUAUGGCCUCUUGUGUAACGUUACGGAGUAAUUAUCCGUCUCCUCUAUCUAGGCGUCAUCGAUGCAGCAUCGUUACUUCCAUUCAUCUUUACUUCCAAAUAACGUA